AUGCUUGCCGUACUCUUCCGCAUCGCUGCGCUUUUGGCCACAGCUCACGCCGCGACGCCGGUGCUCCCCGGUGUCUGGGCCGGCUGGGGCGGGAGCAUCCACAAUCGGCGGAUGGCGGGGCCGGACGCCGUCAUUGCUCAGAAGAACAUCGGCUCGCUUGUCAAGAUAUGCGACCAAAGAUACGAACCCGCCGGAGUCAGCGCCACACCGCUCGUUGUGGAUGGGAUCGCUUACUAUCUGACCUGGACCGGUCUUCUUGUCGCCUUGGACUACAAAUCGUGUCAUGUGCAGUGGACCGCCAACAUCACCCAAAUGAUUCUUGACUUCGCACCUCUGACUGAUAUCCAACGAGCGUCGGGCGUCAACCCCGUCUCCCGCAGCUCGCCUGUGACCGAUGGCGAUCACCUCUUUAUCGGAACCCUCGCGCAUGCUCUUGUGCUUGCCAUCGACAGGGAGACGGGUUCUCUGGUGAGCCACCUGCAGAUUGAUGACCACCCGGUCGCCAUGAUCACACAGUCUCCGACUUGGUAUGCAGGCCAAUUACUUGUCGGAGCCUCAUCGUUCGAAGUGAUCAGUGCUUCACUGGCCAACUACAAAUGUUGCGACCACGUGGGCAGCAUGAACUCAGUUGCUCUCGAGGACGGUAUUCUAAAACUACAAUGGAAAACCAUGAUGAUGACGCAACCUGAGAAUUUCACAGGUGACCCGUUCUCCGGCGCCUCUGUCUGGGGAUCCAGCCCCGUCGUCGACACAAUUCGCAACUGUGUCUACAUCGCCACCGGCAACACGCAUUCCGUCCCUGACGAAGUUGCCGCAUGCCAGCUCGCCUCCAAUCAAAACGGCACCGUUUUACCCGACCCAUGUUUACCCCCUGAUAUCUACCAAGAGUCCGUCCUCGCUCUAGACCUGGUAACCGGCAGCAUCAAAUGGGUACGGCAACUCGGCGUCCUGGAUGCGUGGAACUUGGCAUGUGUGCUCAAUCCGCGCGGCGCCGAGUGUCCGCCGGUGGUGGGCCUCGACUCGGAUUUUGGCAUGGGACCGACUCUGGUCCCCGGAGCUGGCGCCAAGACGCCCAAUGGCAAAGACUUGAUCGUCAUUGGACAAAAGAAUGGCAACCUUUAUGGCAUAGAUGCUGAAUCAGGAGAGGUGCUCUGGCUGACCAAGGCAAGUCCCGCGGGUCUCGAGGGCGGUUUGAGCUGGGGCAUUGCUGCGGACCAUGUUGCGGUCUAUUUCACCGCCAUCAACAAUGCUCGCACGCCAUACGCCCUCGCCAACGGCCAGAUUAUUCAGAAUGCCGCUUUUGGCGCAGCAGCUCUUGCGGACGGCAAGAUCCUAUGGCAAACGGCGUCGCCUAAUGACACGGCCAGCAUGAUCGCCCCGACGGUUGUCAAUGAUGUGUUGGUAAUAGGCUCAACGGGCAGGACGGGAGAGAACGGGUUUCCACAAGGGCCCGGGUCAUUAGUGCUUUUGGACAAAUUAACGGGAAAGAUUCUGAGGGAGGAGAAGUUGGCUGACUUCUUCAAGGGCGGCAUCGCUGUUGUGCAGAACUAUCUCAUGUUCGGUACGGGGUACUGGAGUGGACUGCGGCCACCCUUUGCCGGCGGGUUUGAAGUGUGGAGGGUUGAAUAA